AGUUCAGAGGUAACACAACAAACUACAUAUUCCAACGUUUUUCCUUUUCCCUAUUUUCACUUUUUUUUUCCCACCAUUUUCUCGGCAACCAAACGCCCCAAAACGGGUUCCGCUUCCGCUCCAAAAUUAAUCAAUUUCCAUUAUCUUAUUUUUCAAUUCGCGCUAGGAAUUCGUUUUCUCUGAUCGGGAUCCGGAAGGGAACGAAUCGACAUGGGGUUCUUGGUGACGACGCUGAUCUUCGUUGUGAUCGGAAUCAUCGCGUGCCUCUGCACCAGAAUUUGCUGCAACAGAGGACCUUCUACCAAUCUAUUUCACUUAACUUUGGUAAUUACUGCAACAAUUUGCUGCUGGAUGAUGUGGGCGAUUGUAUAUCUGGCACAGAUGAAACCACUCAUUGUACCUAUACUGAAUGAGGGAGAGUAAGCCCCUGGACAGAUGUAGCUCCGUGUAAGUUAGAGAAAAUGGAUCACAGAUUGGCUGCUGGAUAGAAUUUGAUUUUGGCUACAAUGAAUUUGUUCAGUAUUUUUUCAAGGUGGAACUGGACUGUAUGUAUUUCUUGUUGGAUAAUGGCAUUUCAGUUGGCAUUUCCAUUGCUACCUGACAUUUGCCGUGUUACGAAUGUUGUAUUUAACACUCAUUCUGUCAUUCAUUUAAGAUAUCCGUGGAUAAUGGUAUCAAAUAUGUAUUUUGGUGAAAAAUAAGUUGAUGAAAGAGUAGUAUGUUUUUUUGGUGAAUAAAAGAGUAGUACGUUUUGUCUAA